AUGCCGGGGUCAGAUGUCAAGCGGUGUAUGGACUGGCUUUUCCAGCAGCAAGGUGAGAUGGAGUCGGCACCUUUCGGUCAAGGUAAAUUGGGCGUCCUUCAGGCAUUGGCUAUACAACACUCCAAGGUCAAGGACAUUUUGAACUUUCGAAGUGACGUGGACCAGUUGUUGAAAUCUGAGAGACUCGAUGACAAGUCUACCAAAGAAUUGAAUGGGGCAUACGACUCGGUCAAGAGCCUCUCUGAAAAAAGAAACUCCUGCCUUGAGGUCAUUAGCCAGAUUGCCAGCUUGGAAGACUUUGUACAGGAUUUGUCAAAUGAAUUUGAUGCCCGUUCAGUCCAUCUGGUGAGGACAAGUGAUGUGACAAAGCAAAAGGGAGGGAUAACACAGUCUAAUGAAAGUUUAGCCAGAACAGCUCAGAAGUGCAUCUCCUCUGUGAGACAGAACUGGAGAUGGGUGUUUCAAGUCACGCAGUGUGCAGAGGUACACCUGAGAAAUGCAGCAGCAUACCAAGAGUUUUACCAAGAAGUUGAGGAAGCUGAAUACUGGAUGAACACAACACUUUCAAGGAUACAUCUUUCCUUUGACAAGUCAAAGCUGCUUGGUAACAGAUCUGACGCAGAAUCUAUUCUUCAGGAAAUCAAGGAUGUACUUGCAGCCUAUCUACAAUGGCAAACCAAGAUCGAUUAUCUGUUUGAUAAGGCCAAAAAUGUGGUUCCUGUUCCGUUACGUCUGACAGCACUGGCAGACCCCAGACCUGUGAUUGCACUGACUGACUUCAAAACUGACGAGAUUGACUUUAUUGAGGGUGAGACACUAACUCUCAUAGACAACUCUGACAGGAAGAAAUGGAAGACACAGACAGGUCAGGUAGGGGCUGUUCCAGCUGUCAUUAUCCUUCUACCGGCACCAUCAGCGGAUGCUUUGGAUGCUGCUAUAAGACUGAGACUGCAGCUGCUGUCACUGUGGACAUCCAGCGUGAAACGUUUGGGCUAUCAGAUGAUUGCUUUCAUGCUGCUGGUGUUUAGGGACUGGACUGAAGAUGAGGUGAAUCUGCUCCAGGCCAUGUCCAAUACAGACAAGCAGGAACUUCUUAGAAUCCUUCAGUUUAUUGAGGACACUCUGAUGACUAACUGGAGUGACUAUGAUGAUUUCCAGGAGCUGCAGGAGAGAAUAACUCGACUGAAGAUGAUAAUUGAAGAGGCACCAGAUAGUAACGGAGGCGCUCCAGACAUUGGUGGCAAGAGUAUAAACAACAAUCUGUCAGAUACAGUGGUGGUGCAGGUGAAGACACUUGAGAAUUUGCUAAACAAGUACAAGGACUUCUGGGCAUUCUGGGAAACGUUCAAGUGCAUAGCUGAGAUGCUGAAGCAGCCAAAGUUCAUGCUGGUCUGUGACAAAUGGGAUCAGCUUCGGUUUGUCACAUCUGCUCAUUUUGUAAAGUUCUGGGACACCCAGCUGGACCUUGAAACUAAUGAUGUCACAAAAACUAAGGGAUCCCUUGUUAUAUAUGACAGACCAAAAGAAGAAAUAGUCAGCAGCGAAAUCACUAUAGAGGAGGAGAAGGAGGAGACGACCACUGAUACUGUAACCUCAACCCUGGAAGAGGAAAGACAUACGUUUAUAAUAACAGGGGUCGUGGAUCCUCGGGACAACAUGACCCAGCUGACCCUACAGCAGGCCAUCAUGUUGGGCAUCGUGGACAAGGAGCAAAAACAUUACACCAACCCCAUAUCUGGCCAGUCGGUAACUAUGGUUGAUGCGAUGAACGAUGGACGAGUCAUCAUGGAGUUUGUCAGCAAGAGGAAGAUCAGGGAGGAGAAGAACUCAUAUGGCCUGAUCACCAUUAAAAUCACAAAGGAAUCCAGGCCAUACACCAUUACAGGAGUCAUUGAUCCAGUGACAGAAGAGACACUGUCAGUUGCCCAGGCAACAGCCAAUGGCAUUCUGGACACCAACAGUUCAACUUACAGAACAGAAAAGGGUGAGGAUAUCCCCAUAUCAGACGCCAUCCACUGUGGUUCGGUUUUGGUGGAGUAUCAUGAGGGAGAGGUCCAUCAUGCUCCUGAGAUUGUCACUAAGACGUAUGCAGUAAAUGGAGUUGUUGAUCAGAAAAAGAAACAGAAGGUCUCAUUCUCCGAUGCUGUCAGAGACGGACUUCUAGCUCGUGACACUGGGGAGUACAUUAACAAUGUCACUCGUCAACGUGUGGCCGUUCACGAGGCCAUCAUGAGAGGGUUCAUCAAGGCCAGAAUAGUUGCUGACCCCAGCAAACUGGAAAUUGACCCAGAAAAUAAGAUCGUUGUUGAAAAGCUGGCAAGUGCAAAGUCUAAGCUUCUGAAAUCUGUCAAAGCUGUUAAAGCAUUCCAAGGACUGGGAUAA